UCCACACAUAUUUGGCCCGUGCCGGCGCCCACCUAGAGAGAGAGACAAACCAACAGUCAUUUAUCAUUACAACCAAAUCCAGACUGGCAGCUCGAACUGGUCGGAAUAUACCGUCAUUACUCUCAAUCGGCGAACUUGAUCCUGGCCAUGGAUAAAUCGUCGACGACGACUGCUAGCACACCGUAUGCCGACUAUAGCUCAACAGAUCAAACCAGCAUGUAUUCUGGAGUGAGAGGGCUUGAUUAUUGCAGCGCUGCCGUAUCGCAGGGGGUAGGGCUUUACCAAGGCCAUGCCAAGUCUUACGGGGGCCUCGACCCGCAAGGAUUCGACGGCCAUCUCGUAUCGGGCAUCGGAGUUCAAAGCACCACCAACUCGUACUCACAUCUCGGUGAUAGUCGUCAUCGUCUCCAUGAAUACAACCCGCCAUCGACCUGUAACUCGAUGUCCAGUAUGAACUAUGUUUAUAACCGUUCGGCGUAUGCCUACCCCGGCUCCGUCAAUCAUUACGGGAACUCCGAGACCGAAUACCCUCACAUCCACAAACACGUCCGAAGUCCAACGUCGGCGGUGUCGUGUGCGACAUCGGGUAUCAACUUUAAUGGUAGCUACAACAGCGAUUCACCGUCGAUAACGAACCUUGAUUCGCCGUCACCAACGUCUUGUGCGUUGGGUUCUGGGCAAGAACCUACAAGCGGACAACCGCUUGGCUCCAAUGGUGCUGCCACCGAUGAUGAGACCAGAGCGAACGCCAUUACGAAUGGGAGGUCGCCGACAUCAAGCUCCAAUGGUGAGGCGCAGUCACCAUCAGGAGAAGCAGGUCUUUACAAAUGGAUGAGGAUUAAAAGAAAUCCUCCAAAAACAGGUCAGUCAGUUUUGCGUAUUUAUCUUAAUUUCUUCCUUUUCAAAGAUGUACAUUAUAGUGUUGAUUUGCAACCUGCAGCGCGUGUACAUUGAAAGAGGUUGAACGACGACGAGAGGUCGCGCUCGACUAGCAGUUCGUAUCUUUAAUAUUCAUGUUAGGCCCUCCCGCCAAGUCUAGGCGUUAAAAUCCAUUUUGGGCAUCCUUUAUUGAGACAUUAUAGUGAUCUAGCCUGAAUACCAUCACUGCGAAGGAAGAUGACAACAAAAUCAUAACGCUUAAUGAAAACAAGACAAAUGAGCGUGCAUUCUACGUGCUUGUUAUAUAUUAUAGCCAAAGGGUAAGAUUUACGGUAAGCUACUCUGGCUUAUCUUGGCUUACGGCGCACUACACUAAAUACACUAGGCAGAAGAUAAGCGGCAAUUUGAGAACAAAUACCUGAUGAUUUGUAAAAAUUACGAUGAUGCACGACGAUUCCUCAUUUUUAUUUCAAUUGAUGUAAGUGGCUCGAAUGCUGCUAUAGGCAAACGAUGAUACCUUUGCGAUUUAUGCGUUUAUUUUACAGAUGACGACUGUGUGAGUCAUUGAAUAAGACCUUUGUUAUUCCAAUGUAUAUAUCUAUAAUCGUAUCUCAAUUUCAUUUCACCAUAAAUUGUAUAAUUAGAUACAAUAAAAUAAUAACGAUGAAGUGACUGAAUGAUAUAUUGCAAGUAAUCAUCUCACUGCAUAGACCAUAAAACAAUGUAAUUGGUUCUUUAAAAUUAAUAAGCUGUUUGAUGUUUAUCUAAUGUAUUAUAAUGUUUAUACGGCAAUAUGUACAUUACUUGCACGCCAUAUAUAUACGUCUAAUUCACCACACGUUGAUAAUUAAUUAGAUACAAGUAUUAAACUCUUAAUAUAUAAAUUGAAAUAAAUUAAAGAUGAGGAAAUUAUAAAUGCUUCUGGUUGCAUCAAGUUAAAUAUUUCAUAACGACGGUCACCUGGAAAUCGCUCCUGUCAGCUCGUAAAAUGGGAAACUGCAGGUGAUUUUUACACUAAAAUAUUGCACUUAAGUAUGCAUUUAUAGCCAAAUAUAAAUUGCUACAAUAACGAGAGAAACGGUUAAUGUCUGUUAAGCAGCGAAUCGUAUCGAGUCAAGUCGACGGGCAGUCCCCGCUCAUCGGCCGGGAGCGUCCAGGCGUAGAGACUCACUUCACCGCUCUCUUCAAGUUGCAUGACCGCGGCCCUCUCGACAUGUCACCAAUAACAAUUACACACGCCUAAAAAAAAGUUUUAACAUGUCGCGCUUUUUCAUAUAUAAUUGUCUCGACCUUCAGGCAAUUUACCGAUCGGAUUAUAUGAGAUCAAUAGCUGUUUAAUACUCUAAAUACUCUGGCGUUUGAUGCAAGAAUAUAGCCCGAGUCGUCGUUGCCCCGAAAGGUGAUAUUUUGGAGGGUAUUAUGCUUGAAAUAGUUUCUUGACAUGAUUCGACCAGACUUGAAUUCAAUUUUCUUAUUUUUGUUCAAGGGUAUAGUCUAUGGUAGCGCCAAUGUACAAAUCAAUAAAAAGGAGAGAAAGACCAGAACACUUGGACUGGUUGCAUAGAUUGAAAUGAAAACAGAAAAGGGUUGAAUGCGCCUUCCAGUGUUUGCCUAUGAAAACAAAAGUCAAACACAUUGAUUAAACAUUUCAAGAAUGGGCUUUGCUUGCAUAUGAGGUCGUUGAGAUUGUGACUGUGGAGUCGAGAUGAAAAAUUCUUCAUUCUACCUAUAUGAAUUCUAAUUUGUAUCCCAAAAUUUUAUCUUCGUACGCAUUACACUCUUAUUGCUAACUUUAAUAUGACAAGCUGCAUUCAACUCUCUCAUUUUUUAAUAAAAGAAGACCGUAUAUAGUGAAAAUUAAUCGAAACUUUCCUUUUACAUGAUUCCAUGCAGUAGUAUGGAAAAUGCUUAUAUUGGAAAAAUACUAAAAAUCCUGAAAAUUUCAGUUUAUUAGAGACACGUUGACACAUAGAUUAGCAAUUGUUACCCUAAACGGUUAAGCAAAUGGCAUUGUAGAUGUUACAGAUAUUUAUCAAUUUUAAGCCAUGUUAGUGAGUAGUUUUGUAAAUUAAUACUCAUAAUCAAAUGGAAUCUUUGCAUACACAAUAAUUAAUAUAUGCUCUGAUGCACAAAUUUGGAUUGAGAAUGGAUCUAUAAAAAUGUCCAUGAAUCUGUGAAACAAUGUCAAUCUUGCAAAAUCAUAUGUUUUUGAUAAAGGUAUAGUACCACAUGCCCCAUCCGCGUUGUAACAAUAAAAACAUUACUUGCAAUAGUUAGCCACAAGUGUAAAACAAAGAGUCAACUGCUGAUGAAAAAUAUAGGGAGAUGCUUAUAGCCGUGAUAGAUGUAUUUAAUUACCUUGUACAUUCUAUACAUCGAAAAAGAAAGUUUUGAUUUGAAUAGUUAUUCGUGUUAAUAGUUUGAUGACAGUUUGUUUAACUUUC